CUCUGCUUGUCACCACUGACUGCUGCACACGGAGGAAACGGUACGCUGCUCUCUCUCGGGCUGUGCUCAGACCCUAUCUCUUAUCUCACCCGCCCUCAGUCUGUUUACACGCAAAGCAGUCCGUUGUUGACUGGAAUACGAUACGAAGAUCCUGCUACUAGGCAGGUUUUCUACAAGUGUUCUACUACUCGGUAUGCCAGAACGCAUGGACUAAUUUAACGACGAUGGCUUCGUUGCGAAUGGUCGCCAAACUCCGGGCUGGAGUUGUCGGAUGUACUAAACCGUUCCGCUACGCACUCAGAACAACCCGAUCUCCGGUGAAAUUACUGCAUACGAUCCAUCCCAGACAGCCACAGUGGAGGUGUCCUCCCCAAGUGGUCUUCUGCAGUACUGUAGCACCCUCUAGUGAUGUGGUGUUGCAGUAUAAACAUGGACGACCGGUGCUGGCUGUGCCGCUACCCUCCAGGCAGGAGAGCUGUCUGUUCUUCCUCAGGCCCAUGUUAAUGACUGUAGGAGACCUCAUCCACGACCUGCAGAGAGAAGACCCAGGAGUCACCUCUGCCUCUGUGCUCACCAAGGAUGGUGCACGGGUAGCUAACAGCACCUCUAUAGACAGUCUCCUGGACAAAGACUUCCAGCUCCUCAUCAAUGAUGCUGUAUACAACAUCCACUCCCCUGAAAGAGGUGAAGCAACUCUUUCCCAAAACAUAGAGGCGUCCAGUGUGUCCAGUGAGCAUGUGGUGGACGUGGAGGACAUGAAGCACAUGGUGCAGCUGCUCCACACGGCCCUCCACCUGCCUGACCACCACCUGCUGAAGGAGAGGCAGCUGCUGGAGAGACUGGAUGGACUCAAACAGGACCUCUCACCUCUGGAACAGGUGAAGGCACAGCUGGCGCGCAGUGCAGAGUUCCACUCCUCCAGGACUCUGUGGACAGGUGUGGCCCUGCUGUCUGUGCAGGGCGGGGCCUUGGCCUGGCUCACCUGGUGGGUGUACUCCUGGGACGUCAUGGAGCCCGUCACCUACUUCCUGACCUACUGCACCAGCAUCGGAGUCUUCUCCUACUAUGUCCUCACCAAGCAGUCACACCUGGUCUCCUUACAACAACUUGGAGUCGUCAAGUUCUCAUAUGUGACCUUCAUUGCCAUACGCUGUGCAGUAUGAAGGCAGUAAUUAUCCGGGUUGAAUUCUAACUUUAGAUAACUGUGUGCAGUCAAACUUCUACAAACCGCUGCAUUGACAUCAAUGGUAGAUGUAAUCAAAACACAGGUGAUAAGCACUUAGAAGUGUAACAGAGAAAUCUCCACGUAUGUCUGCCCUCCUGUGGCUGCAAUGUGUAUAGCAUGCGCUGUAUAGAAGGAGCACGACAUGGUCUGACCGGUAAACCUUCCAGUUGGUCCCACAGCACCUGUGUCCUGCGUCUAAAUUAUUUUAUAAGACUUUUGUAAGUAUCUUAUAAAAGUACAGUACGAACUGUGUACAUCCAUGCCACAACAAGGAGGCUGAUACAAACCAACAUUCCUCUGUUACGCUUCGAGGUGCAUCACCUGUAUUCUGAUCAUAUCUCCUAAUGACAUCCGUGCAUAAUUUACACAGAGGUUCACACAGUUAUCUCAAGUUAGAAUUUAAACCCAGAUAACUAUGAGUGAGAAGUGAUACACAAGUUAGUCUGCACCAGAUGGAUCAUGGUUGUUGUCCUCUGUAGGAUUAUGUCUAUCCAGAUGGAUCGUGGUUGUUGUCCUCUGUAGGAUUAUGUCUAUCCAGAUGGAUCGUGGUUGUUGUCCUCUGUAGGAUUAUGUCUGUCCAGAUGGAUCAUGGUUGUUGUCCUCUGUAGGAUUAUGUCUGUCCAGAUGGAUCAUGGUUGUUGUCCUCUGUAGGAUUAUGUCUAUCCAGAUGGAUCAUGGUUGUUGUCCUCUGUAGGAUUACGUCUAUCCAGAUGGAUCGUGGUUGUUGUCCUCUGUAGGAUUACGUCUAUCCAGAUGGAUCGUGGUUGUUGUCCUCUGUAGGAUUACGUCUAUCCAGAUGGAUCGUGGUUGUUGUCCUCUGUAGGAUUACGUCUAUCCAGAUGGAUCGUGGUUGUUGUCCUCUGUAGGAUUACGUCUAUCCAG